AUGGGGCCACCAUAUGCGGUCUUCCCUCUCGUCAACCUUAGGAGCAACCUCCUCAUGGGAUAUAAUAUAUUUAUUGCUUUCCUAUACUUCCCCGGUUAUGCCCUUGCCGCAUGUGUAGGCUCUGCUUGCGACCCAGCGGGAGGAUGGGAUGAUUUCGCCAAUAACCUUGGGAGCGAUUUGGCACCAUUACUCGCGCUCUUCGGCGAACAAGUCACCAAGCAGUACAUGAGUGAGGCGUUGAGUUGGGUUGAUAAUCUAAUAUUUUGUCUUGCUUCUUUAGGUGUCAUCACCGCUAUAGUGUCCGCGAUCCGUGUUGGAGGCAGCCCGAAAUUGAGGUCGCUGGUUGGCAGAGCAAAGGAAAGUCAUGGUCAGGUGGAGGCCGAUUUGAUGUCCUCCACAUCUUCAGACGUCUGCGAGCUAUGGAAUGGUGAAGGCGUCGUUAGGGUUCUUGGCCGCCCAGUACUAUUGCAAUUGGUUUACGAAAAGUCAAGUGGGGGUGGUUCGGAGCCGGGUGUUGGGAAUCAAUCGAAAAUCUACACCUUCCAGGAUGCAAUCUCUAGAGGCCGAUACAAUGAGAAGGGGAAAGACACCCAGGGCACUGAGAAGCCUAGCAGACCUCUCGAUCCAGAGAUCGAAGAAUACCGAAAACGUCAAAAUCCCCCCAAUCUUUCACUGAACGUCAGCAUGGUACCUGUACCAAAAUGGGUUUUAAUCCUUUUCAUUGUAAUUGGGGUUAUUGUUCAGGGUGGCGUUCUUGUGUAUGCCGCAAUUACUCAGUAUAUUUUAAAGUUAGAAAAGAACGAUGCCCCGCCGAUAGGUUAUGGUUUCCCGCUCUUUCUAGCAGGCACAGUAGUGCUUGCCAUUGGAAUGUUUCUGUGCGCGCAGGUUGUGGAGUUGAGCACUGAAGAAAAGACUUGGGUCCCAGCCGAAAAUGCUGAUACAGAUACAUAUAGCAUGAUCUGGCUCUAA